AUGUCCUUCCACGACAAGUUCAUUUCUGACCGUUCAAAGGCCCGGUCUCAUUCCCAUUUCACGCUCAACCAGACGGCCAAGACAACCAAACCCCAUUCCAACCCGAUUUUCAUCUCUGGAGGUCUUCCCAACCCCAUUGGGUUCCCCAUUGACGAGAUCACCGUCAAUCUGACCACCAGUCCCAAUCCCCGACCUCGAUUUGUGCCUGCUGCGACUCUGUUUUCCAAGCCAGGACUGGUCGAGUUCCCCGACAUCACCGAGAAUAGCACCCGGUUGAGCCAGAACCUCAAGAUCCUCAAGUUUGCCGAGUCGCUGGAAACUGCGACAAACGGCAAUGGCGGCCAGCUGACUCUCGAGCGAUCUCUCCAGUACGGCGAACAAGAUGGUCACCCGCAGCUCAAGAAAUUUGUGACGGCCCUCACCAAGCGCCUCCAUCCCCCCAAGCUGGACGAGAAGGACUGGAACGUGAUCAUCACCAAUGGCGGUGGAGACGGUAUUCACAAGGCCGUGGACCUGCUCAUUAACCCUGGAGACCAUGUCCUUGUUGAGGAGUACUGCUUCUCUCCCUCCUUUGACAACAUUAAAUCUGUCGGAGGUAUUCUUGUUCCCAUCAAGCUAGAUUAUGACGAGGGACUCGACGUGACUGGUCUCAAACGGAUCCUUGAAAACUGGGAUGAGGCCAAGCAGGGACCCAAACCCCGAGUUCUGUAUAGUGUUCCUUCUGGCCAGAAUCCCUACGGAGUCUCCCAGUCUCUGGAGAGACGUAAAGCAAUCUAUGCUGUUCUGAAAGAACAUGGGAUCGUCAUCAUCGAAGAUGAUCCCUACGGAGCCCUGGCCUACGAGUCCUACAACAAGAAAUUCACCAACGGCAACUCCUCCAAGUCUCUGAACACUCCGGAGAAGGCUCAUGACGAGUCUGUCGACUCUGAGGCACGUGAAUCCGACAUCUCCAAGGCUGAUAUCGACCAUUACACCUCCUUGAUCGCUCCCUCUUACCUCACCAUUGAUGAUGUAGGACUGGUUGUUCGAAUUGACACUUUCUCCAAGGUAUUUUCUCCGGGACUUCGACUUGGGUGGAUUGUCAGUCACGUCAACUUCAUUGAGAAGCUAUCUCUAUACACUUCUCUUUCAACCCGGGCCGCUUCCGGCGUUUCUCAGCUGCUGAUCAACAACAUUGCUCACUCUUGGGGUCUUGAGGGCUGGUUGCGUUGGUGUCUUCUGUUGCGAAACCAGUAUCUGGAGCGACGAAACCACCUUCUAGCCCAGCUGGACAAGCUCGACCAGUCCAAGAUCACCUACAUCACGCCUGUCUGUGGUAUGUUUGUGUCUGCGCUUGUUCAUUUUGAUAAGAUUGCGUCUUCGUCGUUUAAUGGCGUCACUCUUCCCUACCAGUCGCGACUGGUGGAGCUUGGAAUCGAGGAAGGAGUUCUGAUUGUUUCUGGAUCCAAUAUGGCUGCUUCCGAAGAGCUGCGUCAAACGGCCAAGUUCAUUCGACUCACUUUUGCCUAUGAGGAUCCCGAUCUGCUCGACGAGGCUAUCAAGCGAUUGGGUAAGGCGGUGGACCGGCUUUUUGAGGAGGGUGAGAUUAAGCAGAAGUAG